AUUAUUUUUUGUUUGUUAAGAUUCUUAGAGGAAGAUCAUAAGUUACCAACGAGUGCUGAUACAGAAUCUAGCCAAUCAGAAGGGGAAUCUCCUUUUUCCUCACCAAGAAAAACUGAAGCAGCUAACUCCAUUUCCUCUGCAUCACCAACCAUUCCUCAACCAGAAAUGUCACCCUCCCCUCCCCCACCCAAAGAACAUCGUCACAAAAGACCAUCUCCUUUGGGGAGAUCAUUACCUACAGCACCCCUGGUGGGGAGGGAUCUCCAACGACCACACACUUCUGGAGAGUUUAGGAUAAGAAGGUAUCGACAAACAUCCACAGAAGAAAAAGUAGAACUGUUACUAAAGAAUAAGUUGGGCUUGGAAGUCAAUGAAAAUCAAUCGAUAUCUACGGUGGUUCCCAGGAACCCUUCAUCGGCUUCAGCUGUGGUAGAGACUGAGCCGAGGUCGUCUUCAGCUCCUGUCAGAGCUCUCAGUCGUUACAGAGUUUUACCAGACCCACCAGGUACUCAGAGAACUUCUGAAGAUUCGCCUCAACCGUCUAGCCAAACACCUGUCACUCAGGUAUCCCAUGGUUACAGGCCUGGUACAGCUGCCGCUGCUCUACAGAAGCGAAGGCUCAAACCAAACUAGUAAUAGGUUUGAUUCGUAGGUUAGCAAACAGUAUCCCCAGGAGGGAGGGGUCAGGUACUUUUAAUACAAACAAGAUUGUCCGGUGUUAGCUUUAAGAAAAGCAGGUGUAAAAUGUGCAGUACUGUGCAGUGCCCAUUCUUUCCAAUACACUGUGCUUUUAUGGUAGCUAUGUUGUUGGACAGCAAGCCUAGCAAAUUUAACGAGUCAAAUACCCGGCUACCGGGGAAAGAAGGUGCAUAAAAUCCCGUUGUGUGUCCGGGAUUUGUAAGUUUCAUUAAUAUAACUAUAACGAGCGUUUAUUUCUAAAUCAGUUAGUCUGAGUUAUAUCAUCAGUUAUACCUUAGCGGAUAUAAAGGCGGGACGUUAAAAACCCGGUGUUUGCUCGGUAUAACCUCACGGGAUAUUAAGUCGGGUCGUCAAAAACUAGGUGUUUGCUCGGUGCUACCUUACGGGAUAUAAAGUCGGGUCGUCAAAAACCCGGUGUUUGCUCGGUGCUUCCAAUAUUAUCAACGUGGGGCAACGUCAUGCAAAAUGCCCCUACUUUGCACGAGGGGGGAGGGGAGGGGGGUUCAUUUUGUGUUGGACACGAUGUAAGAUAUUUUUAAUGUUUGAUAAAACUAACUUAUAAAUAAGUGUUAAGAAUCAUUAAACCAAACGACAAGCUCUAGCCGGUGUUUCUCUUUAAUAUACAGCUGCUUCAAAUUGCUUUGUUUUGCUUUUUAGAUUGAAUCAUCAUACACCGUAUCAAAAUAUGGCAACCAAUUUGAAUAACUAUUKUUCUGCACCGACCUGCCACUGACUACACUGUCAUGCAUGUGAAAACGCUUUUAUGCUUCCAUGUAAACAUGAGGCUAGUCAGUGACGUACAGAGUAAUAGCACAGCGCUCUGAUUCUAAAAAUAGCUUAAAGAUUCAGACAAACAUUGCAUUCUGUUUAAUCCCUACGAGGAUUAUACGAACCGAUUUUAUUAUUUUUACUUAAAGUUACAAUAAUGACCCAAGCAAACUAAGAUCAACUGCGAUCGGCUGUGAAAAUUAUYUGCUGAAAGUAAAUUUGUGAGUUUGUUUGUCCGAUUUUCGCCUUUGUCUUCGUUUGUAUGACGUCACGGUUGCGCUGCGCUAUUUGAAAGCAAAUGUUGAGUGAUAAGGUGUAGCAAUCUUUGCAUCAAGUAGAAUGUGUUUCUACUUUUGUUAACGAUUGCUUCUCCUUUGUACAGUGUAAACCCUCUUGCAGCUUGUUUGGCAACGUCGUUGAAAGACAUGUUGCAGAGAAAAAUGCUCCGUGUAAUCGCGCACUUAAGGCUGCAGUACGACAGGAUAUUUGACUAGAUAUACUUAACAAAGUAAAGGAAUUGUACUUGGUAGGGCACUUGUGCCCGGCUAGAAGAAAUAGAGACAGUAAUAAAGUUAUUAUUAU